UUAUAAUAAAUGAAAAAAGUAUGUUUAUUUCCAAUACUGAAAAUUGAAAAUAAGGCUCUAUUUUCAGAUUUUUAAAGUGGAGUUGCGAUCUAUGAAGAAGUUUCAUAAUAAAUAUAUAAGUCAUAAAACUUUUUGUUAUCCCUCCCCUUAUACAUAAUAAACCCUUGUGAUAUGUUAAAGUACUGGAUGAUCAGUGUUUAGUUGUGGACAAAAUAUAAAUAUUUAUUCUUUGGUCUAAUCCACCUAUACGGCAUUGAUUUAAAGGUUGUUAAAAAACUAUUCUAAGUGUGAAAUGAAUUCCUAAAAAUAGAAUUAUUAAAUGUGCAAUAAUGUUUUCACAAUCUUCAGGAUGUUUAACAAUUGUCAAAUUAUCCCCCAUUGGCGUGUAGAAAAUAGAAUUUUGAAUGUUUCUCAACACAUUUUUGUCAUUUUUCUCUUUUAUACGUCGUCACCUAGUAAAAUUGCUAUUCUAAGAUGUUCUGAAAAAAAUAGUUUUUGUUCAGGUUUCAGCAUAUCAUUAGAACUGAAUAUUUAUUGUAAAAGCUGAACUACUGGAGCAAAAAAUUUGUCUCGGGACACCCUGUAUGUUUGCGUUUAAAAGAAGAUGAAUGUUUUUAAAUCAAGAAUACUCAUGAUUACGAUGUGAAUGUACUGUACUCUUCUUACCCAACUUUUGUUACAUGAUAAAAUUAUAACCUUGCAACUUUUCUUGGUAUAAUUUGGUGGCAUGGUUUCCAAUCCAGGAAUAUAUAUUUUUUAGAAGCCCCUUCCCCCCCCCCCUUCCCCUGUGCACUUGUGGAAUUUUUUUUUGAUGCUAUGGGGGGAAAGGAAAAGUGGGACUCAAAAGGAAAGUUUUUCCAUCCUUUUUGAUACUUUUUACCUACAUAUUUUCCCCUUUUCAUCAAUAAACCCCUCAAACCAACGAACAUAGCAUCUGGGGAAAAAAUUAUUUUAAAAGAACCCCCCUUCUGCCCCCCCCCCCCCGGACGAUUUGUGUGUGUGUGAAUACUGAAUAUACAGGUUCAAACAAGAUCUCAAUUCAAUCCUAAGAAACCUGAAGGAAAAGAUGCAAGGUCUUAAAAUAAAAUCAAUAUUAUGUGUUAUGAUAAUUUAAUAUUUUAUUUUAAAAAAAUUAUAUUUUGUUUAUCUUCAUUCAGUUUUUCAGAUGGACUACAUGUCCAAACACUCCAGUGGAGGGGUGCACAAUGUUGGUCCUGGAUCUAAACUUCACGUUGAAAAAGAGAAUUUGAACUGGCUAAAGGAUCAAUGUUCUGAAUCAGAGAGAUUAACGAGCGGAAUGCUGGAGAUAUUGAGCUCAUUCGAGACCAGGCUCGGUAAACUAGAGGAAACUAUUCUUCCUGUUUAUCAGGAGACUGGGAACCUACAGCGUAGACAGGAGAAUAUAGAUCGAACCCUUGAGGAACUAGAUCACGUGAUCAGCUACUAUAAUGUUAGCAAAGAUGUAGAAGCCAUAAUAAGAGAAGGACCUAAUGCUUCCAGUCUUAGAGAAUUUCUGGCUGCCAUGGCGAAGCUUAAAGUU